AUGGCUCCUGUUGGCUACAGUCAGCUUCCUGGUCCUCCUGGUCCUCCUGGUCCUCCUGGUCCUCCUGGUCCCUCUGGUCCCUCUGGUCCCCCAGGACGGUUCGGACCUGCUGGACCUCCUGGAGCCACUGGAGCCCCUGGACCUUUUGGAGCCCCUGGACUCCGUGGACGUGAUGGACCUGCUGUAAUGUGUGGACGAGAUCUACUUGACUUUGUUGACCAGGACCUUGAAGCCUUAAAGAAAAGCUUUUCUAAGUUGGAGCUGGCUGUAAAGCACGACUUUGUCCGGAGAGUUGGUCAGAAAUACUUUGUGUCAAACAAGGAGAGAGGCUCUUUCUCCCAGGCCAUGGAGUUCUGCUCCCAACAAGACUUAGAGCUGGCUUUGCCCAGGAACGAGGAGGAGAACAGCGCACUGACUCAGCUGUUUGGUGAAGUGGACAAAAUGGUCUGGAUCUAUGUCAACAAUAAAAAAGCAGAGGGUCAUUUUGAGACAGAUAUGAAAAACCGUCGUCUGACCUUCACCAAAUGGGGUGAAGGGCAGCCAAACGGAUCUGUCGGGGAUAUGGGCUGCACCAUGCUGUCAGAAAACGGCGUCUGGCGAGUGUCACAAGAUUGCUCUCUGAAUGCUUACAUCAUUUGUCAGAUAUAACCAUAUAUCGUAUCCCUUGCAAUUCUUGCUUUAAUGGAAAGUUUUUCAUGUGCUCGAUCUUAUCUGGCGUAUGAUAAAGUAUUGCUUCACUGUGUUGACGCUGUGUAGGGGAAGAUGCAGAUGCAAAGUGUCCACGCUUCGCAUAUUUACCACAGAUAAAGUGUCCAGCAGAAUUUGAACAUGACACAUCUGUAACCAGUGUUACUGCAAAGUUGUGCUCA